AAGUCGUUGUAGUCGCUGUGUCGGUGUCGUUGAUAAUUUGCUGUGCUGUGCUGUGCUGCGCCGCUGCUGUUGUGGAUUUUUGUUGGAAUUAAAGAAAUUCGUUUUUUUAUUUUUCUCGCAACAACUUUUUCAUUACACAUUUUCUUCUUUUUUCUUGUUGUUGGUCAUCAAAAAAAUUCUUCGGUAACAUUUUGCACGGUUGUGAAGCAAAAAUUCACUGAAAAUCGAAAUCGAGCAAUGAAAGCGAGUUUAUGAAAAUUUUGGUGAGAAAAUUGUGCAAUUUGCGGAAAUCGCGAAGUGAAAAUUUACACAUGUGAAAUGUGCGCAAAGCAAAAAUGCGAAAAUUCGAAAUGAAAUGAAAUGAAAUCGUCUAUGGGAAUGUGCAGAAAAAGUGUAUGUAUGAUAAUACAGCGCUUAUAGUAUGUUGGCAGAAAAUAUUGUAUGUGAAAGCAGCAGCAAAGUUGUUGCGGAAAUGUGUAACUGAUCUAUGGUUUUGUGUUACGCUGCCCAUAUUAAAAAAAACACGACGAUUUUACAGUGAAGAUCGCCCGUUAAGUGCAAAUCCUUCUAAAUUGGCAACAAAUUCCCAACUCGAAACAGAUUCUACACACUCGUACAUAUUUGCAGCAGCGUUAACACGAUACCUCCCAUCCGUCGUCGUCUACUAUUAACUAAACAAAAAAACAAAUAAAUAACUACAAACAUAUAUAGAAGGUAUAAUUAUACACAAUAUAUUUAAAACGCUGGUUGUUUACUACUCGACAACUGGCAUAGUAGCAGAGGAGCACAUCGUUUUGCACGGCGCCACUUGAACGUCCUCGACCAAGCCAAGUGUCAACAUCAAACAUCAAAUUGGCGGUUGGUGUGUUGUUUUUCGGUAUUUUUAAAUACAUCAUAAUUUCGCACAAGAUCCGGUGAUGUGGGACAACCCCCGCAACGGGAAAUGCAACAAACCCAACGUUAUAUACCGUCUGUAUCUGAUUUAUAUGGGACGGACGAGAUAGAACUCCUACUGGACGAAAUACGCGAAUUAGAACCGGUCUGCUGUCAGCUGGACGAUGAACAGGAUUUUGAAAUAGCUGGCAGCAGAGCCGGUGAGCUGUCACUAUCCUUAGAAUCGCCGCUGGGCACGUGCACGUCGUGGGACUCGCACGCCAAUUAUAAACAGCGCAGCGGCCAAACGCCACUGCCAUGGGGUGUAGCCCUACACUGUGAUCCGCAACACUUGAAAACGCCUACAGGGAUUGUGCGUAUUCUCUUGGUGUUAUCGUCAGCCGCUUGUCUAGCCUGCGAAUGCUCCGCCGGCACGGUACAAGUCGGCCUCUUUUUACUGCCACUCAUCGGACGCUUGAGAUUAAUGGUCUUCUGUGCGAUCUUCUCCUUACUAAUCACCUGUCUAAUGUUAUUUCUAGACAUUUCACAUAUAGCACUCAUGUUCCCAUUCAAUUGGACUAAAGUUAAUACAUGGAUGUACCUGAGCAUUGGUUUGAUAUUAAUUUUGAGCUCGACAUUGGUCAUGCAUAUGGUGCUCUACGCUGAAGAAUACGUUUUGGUCAACAAGCACACCAAAGACACACUAUUUACUUCAGCGUUUAUCGGUUACAUUUGUGCCAUUGAAUCAUUUAUACUAUCUGGCAUUGCCUCAUGGCCAUGGACGCAAUAUUAUCGUCAAGUGCCAGACGAUGGCAGCGAAAUGUAUAUCGAAGAUCGUGAAAUGACACCAAUGAGUCCAAUCGAGAGUACUGAUGUGCCGAAUACACACCAUCAAACACAAUAUAACAAUCGAAAUAAUAGCACUGCACACAGCGAAUCAAAUCACAAUAAUCAGCAACAGCAACAACAACAACAACAAUACAAUCGAAUAUCAUCGUCGUCGUCCUAUAAUCAAAAGCCUUAUAUACCUGCCAAACGACCCAAUGAAUUGAUUAACCAAAGACCAACACUGGGUCACACCCAAACAACCAGGAAACCAAAUACUCGUUACCGUGAAGGCUAUCAUUAUCAACCAGUUGCGUCAACGUCCCGCCAGAGUCCCACAUUCGUCCUAGGCGAUGACAUUGGGGCCGGUCCAUCCACAUCCCGAUCCAAUGAUAAUUCUAGUGCGUGAUAGUUUUUAUUCCUCAUAAUAACGUAAUAAUAUUAAAAUAAAUUACAAAAAUAAUAAUAAACAAAUAAAAAAAAAAUUAACAAAAACAAAAAAAUUAAUGAAAAAAUUUGCAAAAAAUACAACAACAAAGAAAUAAAGUAAGCGUACACAAUAAAAAAACAUUGUCAUUGAAUGGAAAUUCGAAGAAAAACAUAUUAAUAAUUAAUUGUUGGAUAGAAAGAGAGAGAGAGAGAGAGAGAGAGAGUAAGAGAGUAGCAACAAAACAAUAAGUAAAGAAGAUAUAUCUGCGGGUAUGAAAAAUGAAUUAAUUUAUUAAUAAUUAAGCCGCUGAAUUUUGUUUCAGCAACGAAUACUGAGUAAACUAAAAAAAAAUCUAUUUAAACAAAAUGCAUUUGGUAAUUGUAACGAAUUGUUUAUAGCUGAACCAAAAAAUAAAAAUACAAAAAUAAAAAAAUACAAAAAUUAAUAAAUAAAGAAAAAAACUUGAAAUGAAACCAAAAAGUGAAAAAAUGGCAAACAACAGCAACAAUAAUAAAUACAUAAAUAAUAGUUUUAAAUGUGUGUGUGUAUAACAAGAGUUUAACGAAUUACGAAACCAAAAACCGAAAAAACAAAAACAAAAUGAAUAUGGUAAAUGCAAAACACUAAGAAUUCAAUGAAUUUAAACACUGCAAUAACGGCGAAGACGAAGCAGCAUGGCGACAAAACAAAAUUAAUUAAAAUUACAUUGUACACGUAGGUAAAACGAUCAAACAUAUGUAUUUACUAUGUAUGUAUGUUAGGUACUAAUUAAAGAAGAAGAUGAAAAACAAAAAAAUAAAAGAAAAAUGAAAUCCAAAAGUAAUAAUAGUAAUUAAAAUAUCGAAUAACCAAUUUGUUUGGUUGCAAAAAAGUUGGCAGCGCCAAAUAAAGCGUCCAGUAGUGUUUAGUAAUCAUCAUUUUGAAAGUGGACUCAGUUUUUUAUGAGUCCCAUGAUGUCGUGAAACUACGAAAAAUUGUUGAAAAUAAAUGCAAUACUCUGUCUGCAUUUUGUGCUGAGCUGAAGAUGUGAGUUUGUAGAGUAAGAGCUGGUCC